UGAAUCUUUAAUCCCCAUUUCCCCAGUUCUUGAAGUUUCCGAAGUUUUGAUUACCAUCUACUCUUUCACAAUCCAUCAAUGUCUCAUUCCCUUCUCCGAUUUUACCCAACUCCCUAUCUUGUUUCUCUCAAAACAAUCGUUUCCAUCAAACUAUUCGCUUGAUUGUUAAUCUUUCUUAUCCUUCCUGUUCUUCGUUCCACCUCAACCACGGCCUUUGAUCUCCCACUGUUUUCCACAAUUGGUCGAUUAUGCAGAACCUCCGCCAUUGAUCUAUUGUAUUCUUUAUUCAGAUUCUGUGCAACACGCCAUUUUCUAUACGAAUUUCAAGCAUAAACCCUAGUUCAUCUUUGUGGGUUUUGUGAUUUGAGCAGCAGUCGUGGUAGAGAACGUGAUUUGAGGUUCUUAACGCUUACCCUUUUUUCUCGUUUGUUGGAUACUGUAUCUGGGUUGAAUUGAGAUUUCCAAUUUUGUUUGGUUAGAAACAGAUGGGGUUCUAGUUUACUGUUAGAUCUUGUUACCUUUGACUUCCAACUGUUUGUGAAAAUGUCUAGAAAUUACAUCGAUAGAGCCAUGGCUUCGUACAAGAAACCACGUAUAAGAGAUGGGGCGGUACGUCGUUUCCUUUUUGUAGUAUCUUUAACUUUGGCUGGGGUUCUUCUGUUAUUUUAUCUUGUUGGGACGAAUUCAGGUAGUGAGUUAUUGAAAGAAAACUCGAUUGAAUUCGAUAGUAGUAGUGGAGUUAGCUCUAACGUAUCUGGUUUGUUUGAGAGUAUCAAGCUUCCUAAACAUAAUUAUUUGUCGAAAAUGUUGGAGAAGAUGAACCAGUUGCCACCAAGAAACAUGGAUUUGUAUCCAAAUCUAGCUAAAGAUCGUAUAGUUAUCGUUCUUUAUGUUCACAAUCGGCCUCAAUAUCUCAAAUUAGUCGUCGAUAGCCUUUCACGUGUGUCGGGUAUUAAUGAAACUUUGUUGAUCGUAAGUCAUGAUGGAUACUUCGAAUCAAUGAACAAGAUUGUGGAGGGUAUUAAGUUUUGUCAAGUGAAACAAGUAUUUGCUCCUUAUUCGCCCCAUAUAUUUUCGAAUAGCUUUCCUGGCGUAUCCCCUAAUGAUUGUAAGGAAAAAGAUGAUCCAAUAGAGAAAAACUGUGAAGGGAGCACUGAUCAAUAUGGGAAUCAUCGGUCACCCAAGAUUGUGUCAUUAAAGCAUCAUUGGUGGUGGAUGAUGAACACAGUUUGGGAUGGAUUAAAAGAAACAAUCGGCCAUUCGGGUGAUGUUCUUUUCAUAGAAGAGGAUCACUUCAUCUUCCCAAAUGCUUAUCAAAACUUAAAGAUUCUUACAGAAUUGAAACCUACCAAAUGCCCUGAUUGCUAUGCUGCAAAUCUUGCUCCAAGUAACGUGAAAUCUAGAGGAGAGGGGUGGGAUAGUUUGAUUGCUGAACGGAUGGGUAACGUUGGUUACACGUUUAAUCGGACUGUGUGGCGGAAAAUACAUAGAAAAGCUAAGGAGUUUUGUUUCUUUGAUGAUUACAAUUGGGAUAUAACCAUGUGGGUGACUGUCUAUCCUUCAUUUGGUGGUUCGGUUUACUCUAUGCGUGGACCAAGGGCUAGCGCGGUUCACUUUGGGAAGUGCGGGUUGCACCAGGGUCAGGGUGAGAAUGCAGCUUGUGUUGAUAACGGUGUGGCGAAGAUCGACACUGAAGAGAUAGACAAAGUUGCAAACAUCAAACCAGAAUGGGGAGUUCAUGUGUUUAGAAACCAAGAUGGGUAUCAAGCUGGAUUUCGAGGGUGGGGAGGUUGGGGAGAUAAAAGAGACCAUCAACUGUGCUUGGAUUUUGCCAAAAUGUAUCACUUGAGGAGGAAAGCGUCAGCCGCCUGAUUGUUUUGAAACGGUAUUAUCUGCCGAAUCUUUCGUUGUACGUAGUUAAAUACGUUAGAUUUAACGUGCUUUAUAUUGGUGUCAUACGUGUUAUUUUCGUUUCUUGAAGUGGAAUAAGGUUUUUAUGAAGUGCUCGAUGCUUAAAACGA